UAAUCCUUUCGUUCUUUAUUUUCAAACUGCACCGACAAUGGCAAACGAAUUAAAUAGCGAAAACCUUGAAGAAAUCUUUGCGAUCCUUCGAAACGAGACAGAUCAGCCGAUCGAGCCAUCGUCGUUAUUUGAGAAACAAUCGGAUCAAGACAUUCGACGUGAACUCGAACAAGAAUUCCUGACGCCACAACGCAACUUUCCAACUUCAUGGUUGGCUAAAUGUCAAGAACACUGGACUGAAACGCCCGACUUUCCAAGUUUCGGGCAUGCACAAAUAUCCAAACCACGUACGACGAUCCAAGUAGCACGCCGUGGUUAUGAUGGUGAUAUUGUAGGCUAUAACGAAGCAAUUUUGAAUGAUCCCAAUAUAUCGUCGACGAACUCAACCAGUUUCAGCCGGCCGUUUGGAUCUGUCAAGGACUUUGUGCGCGGAAACGCUACUCAGUUCCCGUUCGCUCCUGGUGGUUUGGAAACAGAAGUUAUAGUAGCCACAGAGAAUGAUGACGCGAUCGAACAAUCGCUGGAUAUCGAUCUGGCUUUCUUGCAGGAUGAUUCAUCGGCUGUUGCUCCAGGACUGGAUCGAGGCCUUACGUUUGACGACGAAUCUCAAGCAGACGAUGCACGCUUAAAGGAAGCUAGUUCCUCAGUGUUUAACAUUGAAGAUAUCAUCAAACCUUCAUCACAAGAUGAAUUUGACUUCUUACAAGUAAAGACUGUGGAUGAAGAGACCAAGCAAGAAUCAACUCAACAAGAAGCUUCAUCGGAGGAUAAACAAGAAGUGGAUGCCUUGUUACCUCAACAACUUAUUCCACCUCUCGUAUCCGACGCUGUUCCGAAACUCAAAACGGUCAACGAAGCCCAUCGACGACGUGAAUGGGCUCAUGAGAUUAAUGUCAAUCAACCCUUUGAUAACUUUCACGAACUGGUACCUGAGAUGGCCCAGCAGUUUCCAUUCGAACUUGAUACUUUCCAAAAGCAUGCAGUGUACCAUCUAGAAAUGGGUGAUUCAGUAUUUAUUGCUGCACAUACGUCGGCAGGCAAGACUGUUGUUGCCGAUUAUGCUAUUGCUCUGGCUUCCAAACAUAUGACCAAAGCCAUUUAUACCUCGCCUAUCAAAGCUUUGUCAAACCAAAAGUUUCGAGACUUUAAGCAUACUUUUGGUGAUGAUGUUGGUAUAUUGACGGGUGAUGUUCAGAUUCGUCCCGAAGCAAGCUGUCUGAUUAUGACAACCGAGAUUUUGCGAAGCAUGCUUUAUCGUGGUGCUGACCUUAUCCGUGAUGUGGAGUUUGUUAUCUUUGAUGAAGUCCACUAUGUCAAUGACCUUGAGCGUGGUGUUGUUUGGGAAGAAGUUAUCAUCAUGCUUCCUGCUCAUGUUAAUAUCAUCCUACUUUCGGCUACAGUACCAAACACCAGAGAGUUUGCCGAUUGGGUUGGCCGAACAAAGAAGAAAGAUAUCUAUGUUAUCAGCACGCUGAAACGUCCAGUUCCAUUGGAACACCAUUUAUAUGCUGGCAAGGACUUGUUCAAAAUCGUCGGCGCCAAUGAGACGAAACUCAAUGGAUCAGGUUAUAAGGCCGCGUCCGACGCAUUGUCAAAACGUAAAGAGCAGCGAGAGACAUCAGGAGGUGGUCGUGGCGGUGCACGUGGUGGUCGUGGCGUCGUUCGUGGAUCACACAAACCUAUUGGUCGUAGCUACCAGGCUUCUAUGCAAUCAGACAGAAAUCUAUUUGUUCAUCUUAUCGGUCUAUUGCAAAAGAAGCAACUUUUGCCUGUUGUUAUUUUCACGUUCUCCAAGAAACGAUGUGAGGAAUAUGCUAGUAGCUUGUCAAAGACGGAUCUGUGUACAAGCUUGGAAAAGAGUGAAAUCCACGUCUUUAUUGAACGGAGUCUGGUCCGUUUGCGCGGUACUGAUAAGGAGUUACCGCAAAUUCUGCGUAUGCGCGAGUUGCUAAGCCGUGGUAUUGCAGUUCAUCACGGUGGUCUAUUGCCAAUCAUCAAAGAAAUAGUAGAAAUUCUGUUUGCAAGAGGUCUUGUCAAGGUCUUAUUCGCAACUGAAACAUUUGCUAUGGGUGUCAACAUGCCUGCUAAAAGCGUUGUAUUCUCCGGUCUUCGCAAACAUGAUGGUCGCAGCUUCCGAGAUUUGUUGCCAGGUGAAUAUACGCAAAUGUCGGGUAGAGCCGGCCGUCGUGGUUUGGACAAUACGGGUAUGGUUAUUAUUGCAUGCAGUGGCGACGAAGCACCCCAGGCAUCCACAUUAUCUACGAUGAUUUUGGGCAAACCAACCAAGCUUGAGUCCCAAUUCCGCUUGACAUACAACAUGAUUUUGAACCUGCUCCGUGUUGAAGCGCUCAAGGUUGAAGAAAUGAUCAAGCGAAGCUUUUCCGAAAACAGUACGCAAAGACUAUUGCCUGAUACCAAACGGCUGGUCGACGAGAACGAACAGAAAAAGAGUGCUUUGCAACAACUCGAUUGUACGAUCUGUGGCCCUGAUUUGAAUACGUUCUAUGACAUUUGUGGCGAAGUUGUACAAUUGAACUGCGCCAUGAUGCUCCAACAUAUAUCGAAAUCACCAGCUGGUCACCGUGCUUUGACACCAGGCAGAGCCGUUCUAGUCAAUAACAACUUCUAUAGAAAUGCACCCGCAGUUUUGCUAAAACCAAUGUCGACUGCCCCGGGCAAUGCUACUGCUUCUUCAGGACAAAAGAUGUUUUACUGCCUUGUGCUUACAUCCAAGGAUCUAAAUACCACUCUUCAGGGUGCGACUGCUGCUGAUGAAAUUGCACCAUUGCCAGUAACUGUGGUCAAUGUACCAAGCAGUGCAGAUAGCGUCACGCAAAUAGUAACGAUUGGUGUUUCUGAUAUAUUGACUGUCACUAGAACGAGCAUCAAGUUUGACGUGGAUGCUGUGAUGAUGAGUCAGGACUCGCUGGAAAUGACAAGGAUCAAACAGGAGCUGGAAAAGUUUGCCAUGGAUGCUUCAAAUGGUUCUUUGGCGGAAUUCGAUUGGCAAAAGAUCAGGGAUAUCGAGUUUCAAGAAAUGUUACGGACCAAAGCGAAUCAUCUGAAGCGAUUGCGAAACGAGUUCCAAUGUACCAAAUGUCCUGAUUUAGAUGAGCACUAUGGUCUGAUUCAUGCGCAUAAACGCAUCUCCAGCCAAAUCGACAUGCUCAAGUUGACCAUUUCGGACCAGAACCUUGAACUCUUGCCAGAUUAUCAUCAGCGCAUUGAAGUGCUCAAACAAAUGCACUACAUAGAUGAGCAAGGCACAGUGCAGCUCAAGGGCCGAGUGGCAUGUGAAAUCAACUCUGCCGACGAACUGCUACUUACGGAACUUGUGCUGGACAAUGUGUUUGCGGAUUAUGAGCCUGCAGAAGUUGUUGCCAUCUUGUCCGCAUUUGUGUUUCAAGAACGUAAUGCUAGCGAACCACGAUUGACACCCAAGCUAACCAAGGCCAAAGAAACCGUGUUGACCUAUGCACGCAAGGUGGCUCAGGUGCAAGUCGAUUGUGGAUUGCCCAUUUCUGUCGAAGAUUACGUGAAUAGCUUGCACUUUGGCUUGGUAGAAGCUGUUUAUGAAUGGGCGCGUGGAUUACCGUUCAAACAUAUCACGGAUCUCACGGAUGUCCUAGAAGGCUCGAUUGUUCGAUGCAUCAGCCGACUAGAUGAAACAACACGUGAGGUGUUGAGUGCAGCACGCAUGGUAGGCGAUACCAAUCUGUACAAAAAGAUGGAGCAGGCAGAACAGGAUAUCAAGAGAGAUAUCGUCUUUGCGGCAAGCUUGUAUUUCUAGUGCUCACCCUGUCAUAUUUUCCUGCCUCGUCUCUCUCUCUUUCUUUCUUUCUUUUUUUCUCUCCAAAUCACUAUUCUGGAUAAUAAAAAGUAUGCCCUCU